CCAUCCAUUGUGCUUUGGAAAUGUUGGCGGUGGCUACUGGAAGUAGAAAUGAAUAUAUUUUUGGCAAUAUAUUCCGAGAAAGCUACCGAUUGAUCUGUUCCAAUAUUUCAUUGCUUCAUAAUUUUUUUUUUUCAAUUGGACAUUUGCAAUAGAAUUUUCCAUUUUCUUUUCCGCUCAGUCUUUUGGAAAGUUUCAAGGGUUCCCUGUUGAGGAGAGGUUUCAAGAAUCCAUUUUCUUUUCGUCCAAACAGACCACUACAAGAUCAAAACCUCCUCCCUCUUUAUCUUGAAACUUAGGAAAAAGACGUGUCUUUUCUCUGCGAAGAAAAGGAGAAAAUGAGUGCAGCUCUCACGGUGUCAUCGAAACAAUCAAAGCUCCUUCGUUUCCUUAGACCCCAAACGCCUCCAAACCUCUCCUCCCUCCUCCGCCACCUCUCCGCCGAGCCCGACCACCAUCCACCAGCCCCGCCACCACAAAAUGAUUCGCCGUCGGUCGUCACCCUUGUUGUAGAACUGCUCCAAACCACCGACAAUGACUGGAACGAAGACAAACUCCACCAACUCCUCUUCCCCACCACAAGCCCUCCGCCCCCUCCUCACAAUCUCCUCCAAAUCACUCGCCUUUUGGGCUCCACCGCCAAAGCUCUCAAAUUCUUUAACUGGGUCCAAGCCAAUUCGCCAUGUCAAGACUCACCAUUGCUAUCUUUCACACUGGAAGCCGUUUUCGAGUACGCUAGCCGCGAACCUAACUCGCAUAAUAAGCUAUUAGACCUCUUCAAAACGUCUAAGAGCCAUAAGAUUCCACUCUCUGUCAAUGCCGCAACCCUUCUAAUUCGAUGCUUUGGAAGAGCGCAAAUGGUUGAUGAAUCGUUUCUCGUGUAUAAUGAACUGUGCCCGUCUCGUAGAUUGACGCAUAUAAGGAAUAUUUUGAUUGAUGUGUUAUUCCGAAAGGGCCGUGUCGACGAUGCUCUCCACCUGCUCGAUGAAAUGCUACAACCAAAGGCCGAGUUUCCGCCUAAUAGCAACACUGGGCAUAUUGUUUUUAGUGCAUUAUCGAAGAGGGACAAGGUUGGGAGAGCGGUGGAUGAAGAGGAAAUUGUUGGGUUGGUGUCAAAAUUUGCUGAGCAUGAAGUCUUUCCAAAUUCUAUUUGGUUAACACAAUUGAUUAGCAGGUUGUGUAGGAGUGGCAAGACUGGUCGAGCUUGGGAUGUUCUGCAUGGGCUGAUGAAAUUGGGGGGUGUUAUGGAAGCUGCUUCUUGCAAUGCUCUAUUGACAGCGUUGGGGAGGGCUCGGGAGUUCAAGAGGAUGAACACCCUUUUGGCAGAGAUGAAGGAAAUGGAUAUUCAGCCCAAUGUUGUGACUUUUGGGAUUCUUAUCAAUCAUCUUUGCAAGUUUCGAAGGGUAGACGAGGCACUGGAGGUGUUUGAGAAGAUGAAUGGAGGAGAAAGUAACGGGUUUUUGGUUGAACCAGAUGUGAUCACUUACAACACUCUGAUUGAUGGACUUUGCAAAGUGGGGAGGCAAGAAGAAGGCUUGGGUUUGGUGGAAAGAAUGAGAUCACAGCCAAGAUGCAUGCCUAAUACCGUGACAUACAAUUGCCUGAUCGAUGGGUACUGCAAAGCCAGCAUGAUCGAGGCAGCUCGGGAACUUUUUGAUCAGAUGAACAAGGAUGGGGUUCCACCAAAUGUGGUCACGCUCAAUACCUUGGUUGAUGGCAUGUGCAAGCAUGGGAGAAUCAAUGGUGCUGUUGAGUUCUUUAAUGAAAUGCAAGGGAAGGGGCUGAAAGGGAAUGCAGUCACUUACACUGCCUUGAUUAAAGCUUUUUGUAAUGUAAACAAUAUUGAAAAGGCGAUGGAGUUGUUUGAUGAAAUGUUGGAAGCUGGAUGCUCCCCAGAUGCAAUUGUGUAUUACACCUUAAUCUCUGGUUUGAGUCAAGCUGGAAAGUUAGAUAGAGCAAGCUUUGUUCUGUCAAAGAUGAAAGAAGCUGGGUUCUCCCCUGAUAUUGUGAGCUUCAAUGUUCUGAUUAAUGGGUUCUGCAGGAAGAAUAAAUUGGAUGAAGCUUAUGAGAUGCUCAAGGAAAUGGAAAACGCUGGCAUCAAGCCUGAUGGUGUCACAUACAAUACUCUGAUUUCCCAUUUCAGCAAGACCGGAGAUUUUUCAACUGCCCAUAGAUUGAUGAAAAAGAUGGUGAAGGAGGGUCUUGUACCAACUGUUGUUACUUAUGGAGCACUGAUUCAUGCAUAUUGCUUGAAUGGCAAUCUCGAUGAAGCCAUGAAAAUUUUCAGAGACAUGAGUUCUACUUCCAAGGUUCCACCCAACACUGUCAUAUACAAUAUCUUGAUAAACUCUUUGUGCAGGAAAAACCAAGUAGACCUUGCCCUUUCUCUGAUGGAUGAUAUGAAAGUUAAAGGGGUGAAGCCAAAUACAAACACAUUCAAUGCCAUGUUCAAAGGCCUUCAGGAGAAGAAUUGGUUGAGCAAAGCAUUUGAACUGAUGGAUAGAAUGACAGAACAUGCUUGUAACCCUGACUACAUAACCAUGGAGAUCCUCACAGAAUGGCUUUCUGCAGUUGGUGAAACAGCAAAACUGAAGAGUUUUGUCCAAGGAUACGAAGUUUCCGCUUCUGCUGCAUAGCCUGCUGUGGCAUCUGUGGAAAGGAGAGCAUCGGCUUUGGGGAAAUGGAAGAAAACAAAGACUACUACAGCUUCUGCAUUAAUGGCUUCUGGGCUCAUUUUGGAAUUUCUGUUUGGCUCCACACAGACCAUUAAUUGAAGGCCUGCAGUGCUCACCGGAGCAUUUGUCCGAUUGCAAGUUGUUGCAUUGUCCUUAGCAGACGUGUUUGUGGGAUUCCUUCUUUUCCUUCUGAACCAACUUAAACAAAGGGAGAUAAUCAUUUUUUGGGGACUGCAUUUUUUCUAAGUUAUAUUCAACUUUAGAAUUUCUCAGGUUUCAAGUUUAUGUGAUUGAGAACCUGACAAUAAGCAAUAGAUGGAUUGUACCAAAACCGUUUGUGCUAAAUCAAUGUUGAAGUUGAAAAAUGCCCGAAAAAUUCCUUCACUUUC